AAUUCUCUCAUAAGGCUAUUUGGAGAAAUGGGCCAUCAUUGUUGCAGCAAGCAGAAGAUCAAAAGAGGAUUAUGGUCUCCUGAAGAAGAUGAUAAGCUUAUUACAUAUAUUACUACUCAUGGACAUAAAAGCUGGAGUUCUGUUCCAAAAUUUGCAGGCCUGCAAAGAUGUGGAAAGAGUUGCAGAUUAAGAUGGACAAACUAUUUGAGACCAGAUCUAAAAAGAGGCUCCUUCACUGCUGAAGAAGAACAGAUCAUAAUUGACAUACAUAGAAUUCUUGGAAACAGAUGGGCCCAAAUAGCAAAGCACCUUCCUGGUAGAACUGAUAAUGAAGUGAAGAAUUUUUGGAACUCUUGCAUUAAAAAGAAGCUUAUUUCUCAAGGCUUAGAUCCACAAACUCACAAUUUACUUUCUUCUUCUCAUCCUAAGAGAAACAACUCAAAUUAUAAAAGUUCCAAUUCCAUUUUCAUUCUUAGUUCACAAAUGCCACCAAAUACUAAUUAUCUCAUUGAAACAACAAAUCAAACCUUUCCUUCACUACCUAAACCUCUACAAAAUAAUAUUCUUCAAACUCCUACAAGUGUUUCCCCUAACCAAUAUCAAGCAUCUUUCAAUGUAAUUUCAAAUCAACUCAGUGUUCCCGAGCAUGAACUGCCUCGAAUAUUAACUGAGAACAUAUCAAACAUUUGUUCUACUUCCUGCAAUGAGAAUAGCAUAUGGGUUUCAAGAGUUGAUGAUUGUAGAGGUUCAAUGUUAGAAGAAGGAACACAAGCUCAUGUGGAGCAAGAAAAGGAGAAGAUUUGUGAGAAGGGAAUGGAUGAAAAAGAAGUUAAUGAGAAAGAAGAUAUUGAAAUGAAUGGUUGUUUUGAGAAUUCUAACUUUGAUUUUGGGUUGUUGGAGAGUGUACUUAACUCUGAGUUUAUAUCUCAUGAUCUAGACUAUAUGGAUCAACUUGCAUGGAACUUUUAAGCCAUGAUCUAAUUCUGGUUUCUAUUUUUAUUUUUUUUGUGAACUUUUUGGUUUCUAUCAUUAAUGUAUAUUUAUCAGUGAGUUUCCUAAA